AUGUUCGACGACUUCGAGACAUUCGAUAUCAUCACACAGACAUCUCCCGAGGUGACGAUUCAUGGUGUUAGGAGCAAAGACGGUGGCCUCAACCUCCCACCUCUCCUUCUUCUGCAUGGUUUCCCACAGACUCACCAUAUCUGGGACGCUGUGGCUCGUCGGCUGCGCUCCCAGUUCGAGAUUAUUGCCCUCGACCUCCGCGGAUAUGGAGAGUCGUCUACACCCGCGGAGCUGGCAAGUUACGCAAAAAGCGCAAUGGCACAAGAUUGCGUCAAGGUGAUGGAGGAGCUCGGAUUUGAUUCCUUCUUCAUCUGUGCACAUGAUAGAGGGGCAAGAGUGGCGCAUAAGUUGUGCGUUGACUAUCCGCACAGAGUGAGAAAGGCAAUUUUUCUGGACAUAUGUCCCACCCUGGCGAUGUAUGCAUCAACAAACUUCGAAUUUGCGAGAUCUUACUUUCAUUGGUUCUUCCUGAUUCAGAAAGGACCAUUUCCAGAAACCAUGAUAUCUCAAAAUCCCAGACGAUUUGCAGAGUUGUUCAUGGGUGGAAGACAAGCCAGUGGGCUGGGCAUCUUCAAGCCGGAAUGUUUCGAUUAUUAUGUCCACAAUUUAGGAGAUCCGGCAAUAGUGCAUGCCAUGUGCCAGGAUUAUCGAGCAAGUGCUUCCUUGGACAUGGAUGAGGCAAGGGAAGACCUCAAAAACAACAGACUCAUUCAAUGUCCGUUAAUGGUGCUUUGGGGUCGUCAUGGCGUCAUUGAAAAAUGUUUUGAUGCAGUGUCUGCGUGGAAAAUGGUCACAGCUGCAAAUGUCUCUAUCGAAGGGCACAGUAUUGACUCGGGCCAUUACAUUCCGGAGCAAGCUCCCGACGAAGUUGUGAGGACAAUCGAGAAGUUCUUCUUGUGA